AAAAAGUUCUGCUCAAGACUUUUCAAAGCGGACAACAAUAUAGACUUGUGCCCAACAAUCUGAACUGAGAAACAAACUCAGAAAAAAACAUGGAUGAACAUCUAAGCCGCCCAACAAAGCUGGAAUACUAUGAAGACAUGUUCAAACUCCAAUCCACCUCCACCAUUCUUUCUUAUUUCCUGAAUGAGGAUGGUAGGCACACCAUUAUACUCGAUUCCACCAUUUUUCAUCCCCAAGGCGGCGGCCAACCUUCGGACAAGGGUUUCAUCUCCAGUCGGCUGUUCAAGUUCAUUGUUGAAGAUGUUCGAUCCAAGGACAAAAUUGUUUAUCACUAUGGAUAUUUUGAGAAAUCUGUAGAUGGGAGUGUUGAGAAAGGUGUUGAAGUUGUGUUAAGUGUGGAUGAAGAUAGGAGGAGGCUUAAUUCUAGGCUACACUCAGCCGGCCAUUUGCUGGAUAUUUGUGUACGAAAUGUGGGAUGGGCCCACUUGGAACCUACCAAAGGGCACCAUUUUCCAGACGGACCGUUUGUGGAAUACAAAGGUACGAUUCCACAGAAUGAAUUGCAAAGCAAGCAAAAGGAGCUUGAAUUAGAAGCUAGCCAUUUGAUCUCAAAAGGAGGGAAGGUUUCUGUGUCGAUUUUACCAUAUGAUAAAGCUGCUGAACUUUGUGGUGGAUCACUCCCAGACUAUAUACCAAAGGACAGCUCGCCUAGGAUCGUGCAAUUGGGACAAAAUCCAGGUUGCCCUUGUGGCGGCACGCAUGUUCUUGACAUCAACGAGAUUUUGAGUUUGAAGGUUUCUCAAAUUCGGACAAAGAAAGGGCUGACAAAAGUUAAUUACAAUGUGGGAUAACAUUUUUGCUGUGGUUUUGUGGAUUAUGUGAAGAGCUAGCUUGCUACUAUGCAUCAAUUUAUAUCAAUCAAUAUAUUAGUUUUUGCUUUAACAAUGUAAAGUCCUAAGAAUACUGUAGUCUUUGAUUACAUAUAAUUUUUGUGUAUAAUAAAAAAUUCUGAGUGCACCCUAUUCCUAUGAGCAUAUGAAAACCUAUGUAUAGUAAUACCUAU